AUGGUGCUCCCUGGUGGCCUACUAACCCGCAAAGAGGAACCAGUACCCCUGAAGAGCAUCUGUGUGACCUUGUCCAUUCGUGAGUUCGUGGCUGGUGUGUCUGCUACCUUAAACUAUGAGAAUGAGGAAGAUGUUCCUUUGGAGACCUUCUUUGUGUUCCCCAUGGAUGAUGACUCAGCUGUCUACAGCUUUGAGGCCGUGGUGGAUGGGAAGAAAAUUAAAGCAGAAUUACAGGAGAAGAGGAAGGCCCACAGCAUCUAUGAGAGUGCCAUCAGCAACCGCCGCCAAGCUUUCCUAUUGGAGGAGGACAAGUACUCCAGGGACGUCUUCUGUUGCAAUGUGGGGAACCUGAACCCAGGGUCAAAGGUGGCGCUCACCCUGAAGUCCGUGCAGGAGCUGCCCUUGGAAGCAGAUGGAGCCCUGCGCUAUGUGCUCCCAGCUGUUUUGAAUCCUCGAUACCGUGGCUCUGGAUCGUUUGAGGACAGUUGCCUUGAUAUGAAGACUCCUGUAGUUCCUUUGGAGGACCUGCCCUAUACAUUCAGCAUGCUUGCCACCAUCAGUUCCCAGCAUGGCAUUGAGAGGAUCCAAUCCAACUGCCCUUUCAGCCCUACUGAAUACCUUGGAGAAGAUAAGACUUCUGCCCAGGUUUCCUUGGCUGAUGGACACAAAUUUGAUCGAGAUGUGGAACUCCUGAUUUACUACAGUGAGGUGCACACCCCCACUGUUGCUGUGGAGAUGGGGCAACCUAAAGACAACCCAGAUGGUUUCAUGAAAGAUCCGUCUGCGAUGGUGUGUUUCUACCCAAAUAUCCCAGAAGCUCAGUCACCAGUUAUCUGUGGAGAAUUCGUCUUCCUCAUGGACCGCUCAGGAAGUAUGCAAUGCCCCAUAAGUAAACAGGAUAAAUCUCAGCUGCGCAUAGAGGCAGCCAAGGAAACACUGCUUUUGCUGCUGAAGAGUUUGCCUAUAGGCUGUUAUUUCAAUGUCUAUGGAUUUGGAAGUUCCUAUGAGGCAUUCUUUCCGAAUAGUGUGCAAUACACUCAGCAGACCAUGGAGGAGGCACUGAGGAGAGUUAAGCUUAUGCAGGCUGACCUGGGGGGCACGGAAAUCUUGACACCACUCCAGAUCAUUUACAGGGAACCUUCCAUUGUGGGCCACCCACUUCAGCUUUUUGUCUUCACAGAUGGAGAAGUUACUGACACGCUUAAUAUAAUUAACGAAGUCAAGAGAAACAGGCUGAGGCACAGAUGUUUCUCCUUUGGUAUUGGAGAAGGAGCCUCCACCAGCCUAAUAAAAGGCAUUGCCCGGGUGGCAGGUGGCACUUCAGAAUUUAUCACAGGCAAGGACAGGAUGCAGUCCAAGGCUCUUAGGGCCCUGAAACGUGCUCUACAGCCUGCAGUAGAGGAUAUUUCUGUGAGCUGGGAUUUGCCUCAUGGCCUGUCUGCUAAAAUGCUUUCACCAGAACAGACUGUCCUCUAUAAGGGUCAGAGGUUAAUCGUCUAUGCCCUUUUGAGUGGGACCAUGCCUCCAGCAGAGGCGACAGGAGAAGUCUACCUCAAGUACACACUCCAGGGCAAGAAUUUGGAGAAUAGGGUGACAUUUUCUCUACAACCCAAGCCUGAUGACAACUUCACCAUUCACCGCCUUGCUGCCAAGUCCUUUCUCCAGGCCAAGGACAUGGGCUUCAGGGAUACUCCAGCAAAAGAUAAAAAAGAUGUGCUGAAAAUCAGCAUUGAUUGUGGAGUCAUAAGCUCCCAGACAGCCUUCAUUGCGGUCAACAAGAAUCUCAACAAGCCAGUUCAGGGGCCCCUGACUCGUAGGGAUGUUCCAAGGCCAAUUCUGUUGGGUGCAGCUUCAGUGAUGCCACAAUACCUUGGAUGUGCUCUUCCAAAUGCCAAGUCCUCCUACUUUUCCCCUGCAUCUCAGCCCACACGGACCAGUCGUUAUGAGGGUAUGCCAGAUCAGCGGGAUGGUUGCAAACCCUGUAGGCCCAUGGUUAGCAAGGACCUGUGCGCUCUAGUCUUUGGAGAUAAUCAUCUUGUGCAGCUGAUUUCCCUCCAGAAUGCAGAUGGUUCCUGGUAUCUGGAUGAAAAUCUGGCUGGGAUCCUAGGUAAAAGUUUGGAAGACUUACUGGCUGCAGUCCCUAUCAAGGAUGCAAAUUCCUCAAGCUGGGCCACAGUCCUGGCAGUGGUCUGGCUGCAUUCCAAUGCUAAGCAGAUGAAGGGUGAGUGGGAACUUCUGGAAAAGAAGGCCAGAACCUGGAUUCACAUCCAUGCAGCCUCCAUCGUGCAAGAGCUUGUGAAAGCUGCUAUUGUUUUCACCAAGUCAUCCGUGGACCCCGCCAUCUUUGCCCUCUGA